GUAAAUCGCGCUAAGCUUGCGGCGCGUACCAACAGUGAAACCAGUUUAUUCACUGCGGAGCAUGUCAACAGGAAGUAGUUAAUGUUGGCGGCUUUGGGGGGAAUCGAGAAGGCUUUGGAAGACAAGAAGACCCCCAGCAAGAUGUCCGACUCCGGUGACAGACAAGGCAGGGUGAGGAAGAAGUCUGCUAAAGUUCUGGAGAUGGAGGAAUUUGAGGAAGCUGAGAAGAAACAGUUCACCAAGAAGGGAGCUGUGGACGCUUCCAAGGCAGUAAAGCCACCAACAGCUCCAACAGUAUCAACAGUGCCACCAGCACCGUCUACACCCAGUCCAACUGCCCCACCACCCGCAAAGAAGCAGAAAGUCAAGAUAGAGAAAGUAGAGGUGUCUCCCGUAGCUAAACCAUUGCCUGUAACGCCACCUCAGACGAAGAGCAGUCCGCAGGCUGCGAAGACAGGUCAGACACCCAGCAGUGUCAUCAAAUUCCUGCUGAGCUCGCCAGCUAUUCCCACCACUCCCUCUGUCAGCACGAAAGCUGUCACAAAGACUUCGCCCAAUUCAGAACUCAGCCCUGGGCAGGUAAGUCCAAAUGUGAAAAAAACAUUGAAAGCCAAAGUAAAACUGGAACCGGGUGGAAUUUUGUUGGAAGAUGACGAGGAAGAUAUGAUCCUCUCUGAACCAGUGCCAGAGCCUAUUAAACAGGAGGUGGAGAUUAAACCUAAAUUACUUCUGACACCCAAACCACAAAUUUCAACUGCUAUUCCUAUUGUUACUCCCCCUACUGCAUCAUCCAAGCCUAUAGAUGCCGCAGGGAGUAUGGACAGUUUAAAAAUGAAGCUGCUUCUAUCACCCAGGGAUAAAAAACCAAAGGCAUCAUUUGAACAAAUGUUGGAAUCGGGUAAUCAGGCCACAGCAUUAGCUUUAGCAAAGUCUGUUAAGAAGAAGAAAAAGAAGACAGUUGAUGCUAGUGCUGUUCCUAAAGAACCAGCUACUCCUAAACCUGUAGCUCCAGCUGAGAGUCCGAGUGCAUCGGAGGCCAUGCCCAACCUGGCUGCGCUGGUGACAUCCGGCAAGAAGAAGCACUCAAUCAAGAAGAAGAUCAAGCCUGCUCCGACUCCUGGACCGUCCACCCCCAGCAUGGACCCGACUCUGGCCGCUGCAUUUAACUCCAGCAAACUGAGUGACAGUCCCAUAGAUGUUGAGUAUGAACCAAACCUGGUCAUUGCCGAUGACGGAGAUAAAGUGAAAUCCAAGAAGAAGCUUACUGGAAGUGGUAGCAAGGCCAAGAAGAAGCAUGGUCAAGAAACGGGUAACGAAGGUUCCAAUCCGGCUCCACCAGAAGGAGACAUUGCUGCACUUGCUGCCAAGGUGAAGGUUGGAGACAAGAAAAGUGGGAAGAAGAAAGAAAAAGAGAAAGAGAAGGAAGAAUCCGACCUGCUUAGUAAGAAGCGGAAACGUCCACCCACAGCCUACACGCUGUACUGCAAUGCUCAUCGGGCGAAACUAGUAGCCGAAAACCCAGGCAUUGAUUUUGCUCAGAUUAGCAGGCGUCUUGGAGAGAUGUGGCAGACAUUAACAAAGAAAGAAAAAUGGUGUUGGAAAAGGAAAGCUAAGAAGAUGGCGGGGAAGGGCUCCACCCUCAUCAGCACAGGGAAGGGUAACAAGCCUAAACCUGCUGUGUCCACGCCCCCUGCCCCAGCCACACCCACUGCACCCACCCUGCCUGUUGCUAAGCCCAUGGUGCCACACCAGGGGGCCAGGAUAGCCAAGGCAUCAGGGGAGGAGUCUGCACUAAGUCCCAUCAAGGGGUUUGGAACGGAGCCUGUUGAUGUGGCUGCCCAUCUGAAGCUGCUGGGGGAGUCUCUCAGCAUCAUCGGGAUGCGGCUGCAGGAACACAAGGGUCUGAUAGCAGUGCAGGGUAGUAUGUCCGUGCUUCUAGACUCGCUUCUGUGCUCGUUCGGACCCCUUAUGUGUCUCACGCAGCAGGUACCGGAAAUCAACGGCUGUUCACGUCCCACACAUGGCAAAACACUGGAUAACAUUGCCUAUGUCAUGCCAGGACUAUGAUGUCUAGUGACUUGUAUCAUUGCCAAGUAAUGACAGACUUGUAUCAUUGCCCAGUGAUCACUGACAGACUUGUAUCCUUGCUAGGUGACUGACAGACGUGUUUCAUUACCAAGUGAUGACAGACUUGUAUCAUUACCAAGUGAUGACAAACUCGUAUCAUUGCCCAGUGAUGACAGACUUGUAUCAUUGCCCAGUGAUCACUGACAGACUUGCAUCCUUGCUAGGUGACUGACAGACAUGUAUCAUUACCAAGUGAUGACAGACUCGUAUCAUUGCCCAGUGAUGACAGACUUGUAUCCUUGCCCAGUGAUGACAGCCUUGUAUCAUUGUCAAGUGAUGACAGCCUUGUAUCAUUGCCAAGUAAUGAGACUCGUAUCAUUGCCCAGUGAUAACAGACUUGUAUCACUGCCCAGUGAUGACAGACUUGUAUCAUUGCCCAGUGAUGACAGCCUUGUAUCAUUGUCAAGUGAUGACAGACUUGUAUCAUUGCCCAGUGAUGAGAGACUUGUAUCACUGCCCAGUGAUGACAGACUUGUAUCAUUGCCCAGUGAUGACAGCCUUGUAUCAUUGUCAAGUGAUGACAGAUUUGUAUCCUUGCCCAGUGAUGACAGCCUUGUAUCAUUGUCAAGUGAUGACAGCCUUGUAUCAUUGCCCAGUGAUGAGACUCGUAUCAUUGCCCAGUGAUAACAGACUUGUAUCCUUGCCCAGUGAUGACAGCCUUGUAUCAUUGUCAAGUGAUGACAGACUUGUAUCACUGCCAAGUGAUGAGACUUGUAUCACUGCCCAGUGAUGACAGACUUGUAUCACUGCCCAGUGAUGACAGACUUGUAUCAUUGCCCAGUGAUGACAGACUUGUAUCAUUGCCCAGUGAUGACAGACUAAUAUCACUGCCCAGUGAUGACAAGACUUGUAUCAUAGCCAGUGAUGACAGGAGGUGUAAGGUGUGUCAAGUUCCUGUGAGUAAUUGGACAAUACACUGGGAAGAUAUGAGAGUAGUUAGUGAAAAAUAUGAAUGCGAUUUUACAACACGGAUACAAUGAGUGUAUGACAAUGAUAUAGCUGUUAUGCUGAGAUCAUCGCAUAGGCGUCCACCGUGUUCAUUAUGGCAUUGUACAUAACCAUGAUUUCCAUAGCUCUGACAAUUGAUUAAAAUCCUAUCGCUGAUUUAAAAUAGCAGGAAAUGCGGUUUGGUCAUUCUGUUUAUGGGCUUGAACAAUUUUGAAUGUGUACUGAAUGUGAAAAAGGCCUUUUUACGAAGAAGUGCUGGAUAACCUUGUUCGGGGAAUGUGGCCUGACUGUAGUAUCGCGAGCAAGGAAGCAGAAUGUAUUGUUAUAUAACAGUAUUGGGAUACAUCAUUGCAUCUUUCAGUUAAAUAUUCAAAUUUGAUCAUUCACAACUGGAAUAUCAAAAUUAUCAUAUUUUUUCAGUUGUGUGUAGGAAUGGCAGUUGGACACAGUGUUCAGGUACUGGAAGAGUAUGUCUCUUAUGUUAGCAUCUGGGUAAAUGAUUGUUGCAUCAAAGUGUACUAAUUGUUGAUUAAGAACAUCCAUCACAUUGUUGUCAUUUAUUUAUCAUAAUAAAUAAAAUAUCAUCAUUCUA